AUGCAGAAUGUUCAUCGUGGCAUGCGACGUGUGGCACGUAGCGCUAUUCUGUUGGAACCACAUGUUAUUGGUAUCCAUAUCAUCCAUUUUAGGCCACAAGAAGUUGCUUAUCAUCGAUCUGUAGCGCUCGCCGUUGACGAUUAUGGCAACGCCCGCUUCGUUUUGGAAGAAGUACGGACCGAUGAUUCCGCCAGACCAAAAUCCGCACCAAAGGGUGCAGACCCAAAUCCCGACGCAAAAUUCGCUAAGUUGAAAUCGCAGAAAGGCCAAGUUCUUGUGAACGACGAGAAAUUGACCACCCCGUACACUCUCACGCAGCGAUUUCAGCAGACUUUGUGUUUCGGGGACGUACUGUACGUUUUAUUGAUGUCGGAGGCAACUCUUAUCCUUGCCAGUGACAAUAUGCUGACCGCUUCUUUAUCGCAUCAUGUCAACAAACACCUUCAUUGGAUUCUUCAAGUCGUUGGGGUAAUCCUGACUUUAGUCGGCGUAGGAAUGAAGUAUAACGCCAAAUCAGUACACUUCCUUUCAAUCCAUAGUAUUACAGGUAUCUCUUCAUUGGUUAUCAUCUGCAUAGUGACUCUUCUCGGAUAUCCGGUAUGGAUUGCAUGGAAACUUCGCAAGUUUGUACGACCAAUGAUUAUCAAAUUUUUUCAUAAUUUUCUGGCCACCAUCGGUUUUAUUAUUGGUAUGGUCUCGCAAUGUUACGGUUACAAAAAAACUUGGGUACAUCAUGAAAUGGAAAUGAAGCAUGCCGACGAUAUGCUACUUGUACUCACAAUAUUGAUCACAAUAUUAUCCUUAAGGGGUGCGCUCAACUCUCUUUAUAGACAAGCCAUCAGUUAUCUAAAAUUAAUUUGCUUCUUCACCUAA